AUGGAGGCUGUCCCUCGAAUGCCGAUGCUGAGUUUUGAUCUUAAAACCAGCCCCAAAAGCACCGAUUUCAGUCCAAUCCUAAAAAAGUACAUAACCCAGAAGUAUCAUGAAGAUCCAGCCAACUACAGCAAAGAAUGUGCGGACUUUGAUCAACUCAGAGCGUCUGCCUGUAAAGUCUCCACUGAUUUCAUUGGAUGCAGUCUACUCAAAAAAUAUUACUCCCAGCUGUGUUUUCUCCAGAAUCGCUUCCCUCUCACUGACAGCGAUGAGUUGACGAUAUCAUUUACUUGGGAAGAUGCCCACACUGGUGUCGCUUAUACCCAAAAAGAUGUGGGCUUUGAACAGGCGUGUAUUCUAUACAACAUCGGUGCACUGCACUCAGUCUUAGGUGCCAGUGAUACAAGGCAGUCUGCAGAGGGCAUGAAGAUUUCGUGCACGCACUUCCAAUGCGCUGCGUGGGCCUUACAGCAUCUUCACGACUCGUUCCCGCCAUCUUGGAGCCAAGAUAUGGACCACGAGCUACUGACCUUUCAGGUUAAUCUCAUGCUGGCGCAAGCUCAGGAAUGUAUCCUCGAGAAGUCAAUGACGGAUAACAGAAAGAGCACAAUUACUGCUAAAGUUGCCGCCCAGAUUGUCGAGUAUUACAGACAAGCGCUGAAAAAUAUCGAGCCUUUUCUAGGGGCCAUAAAAAAAGCAAAGGACUGGAAAAAGAGAAUGGAACUGAAGUCGAAGUAUUAUGAAUGUGUGACGUGUCUGUACAUGGGCAACCAGGCAGAGGAACAACAGAAGUGGGGAGAGCGACUGGCCUUUUAUCAAGCUUCUCUGAGCAAGCUGGACGAAUGUAGUAAACUUGCCAAAAAAGACCAGGCGGAUAUUCUCGAAGCUUUGAGAUUUACAAUGGAUGUUGUGGGGGGAAAGCAUAAUGCUGCAAAGAAAGACAAUGAUUUCGUCUACCAUGAAAAAGUGCCAGAGAUUAGUUCACUUCCAGAGGUCAAAGGUGCAUCGUUGGUAAAGGGCAUCGCCUUUGACAUCAAAGAUCCUGAAAUCGCGGGCCAGGAUAUCUUUUCCCGACUGGUGCCGAUGGAGGCUCAUGAAGCAUCAUCCAUGUACAGUGAGGAGAAAGCACAGUUAUUACGCGCUGUUGGGAACGAGAUUGAUGACAAAAAUGAAGAACUAGUUCAGUUUCUUGCCUCGCUGCAACUCGACCAGUCGAAGCUGAGCCCCGAGCCAGACCGUCUUCCACAGAUUCUGCUGGAGAAGUGUGCCGCAAUCAGUGUCCAGCCGAACGCUGUGAAGGAUUUAGUGGACGCAAUGCAACAUUUAUCGAGUAUUUCACUGGACGUUAACACGACAUUGGAAGACAUUGAAGCAAUGUUAGAAGACGACGACCACAAGGAAAACGAAUAUCAGCAAAUAACCGGGAAGUGGGUCGGAAACAUCAUCAUCAGCGAGAUUAGCAAAGAGGGUAGUAAAUAUAAGGAGGGGCAUACCAAGGCGAGCCAGUCCAAUACAGAUCUACACAAGGCUAUGAAUGAGCAUAUUAGUCGGCUGAAGCUGCUAGCCGGACCGUUGGAGGAGUUGCAGGCCAAGAUACCGUCGCUGGAGGCAAUUAGAAAUUCAGAAGAUGGCGUGAUCAUAGAAAAGCUCAUGAUGCUCCUCGGUAAAAUCGAUGAAAUGAAAAAUCAGCGACUCAUGUUGAACGAACAGCUGCGGAAAGCGAUACAAGAUGAUGACAUCACGAAAAUAUUGGUGACGAGGGGAGAUACUAACCAAGAGGAGUUUUUCAAAGAGCAGAUCCAGAAGCACGACCAAACUGUGACGUAUAUCCAUCAGAAUCUCGCCGCUCAGGAUAACAUCCUACGAGCGCUGACAGAAACGAACGCAGAUUAUGCUAAUAUUAGGCGGGCUACUGUGGAUAUCACACAAAGGCGAGAGGAGAUGAUCCAGAGUCUGAUCCAGUCGUAUGACGUUUACGAAGACCUCCUCGCCAAGUCCAAAAAGGGCAUCGAGUUUUACGACAAGUUGGAGAGCAACGUCACGAAACUCUACCAGCGUUUGAAGGGCGUGUGCAAGGUGCGAGAUGAGGAGCGGGACCAGGUGAUGGAGCGGUUACGACCAAAAGGUCCGCCGCCUGCCAGGCCGUCUGCUCCGAAACCCAACCUUAAUAUGCCGUCGCCUGCUGUGGCCCAGGGUGAACCAGACCAUGAUCCGGAUGACUACCAGGGACCGACCUUGAAAGACUUUCUUCCGUUCAUGAAACCUCAGACGUUUGGGAAUCUCAAGAACGUGCCAGCAGCUUUCCCACAGGAGGGAGGGGCGCUACCGGUGGUGACAGGUAACGUGGCUCCCUCUCCUGGUGUGACUCAACCUGCCAGUGCAGGUUUGCCUCCUGUACAGAUGAGCCAAAACGGACUUUAUCCGACAUCCCAGAUGCCCCAGGGAAUGCCAAGAGAUUCCUCACCUCAACCCAUGCCUCAAAGGAUGUCAAGAAAUGACUCGAAUCCGGUGCCACAGAACUUUCCAGGAGCUGUUCCACCAGGGCAGGCAUUGCCACCACAAGAUGCUCCUGCUGAAGGUCUGCAGGCACGACCAGGCCAGACGCAAGCAGUGCCUGGAUAUGGUAACAUGGUUUCUCAACAGGCACCAAUGAGCCAGCCGAGUGCUGGCUAUCAUCCGAGGGCUGCACGUCCAGAGAGUGCCCAUACAGUCGACACUGUGCAUGCUCCGCUGAUGACUCCAGGACAAGCUCCGUCUGCACAACCACAGAUGAUGCCCCCUAGCAGCCAAAGCUAUUACCCCACAUCGCAAGCCCCGCCUCCUAGUCAAGUAAAUGUCAAUCAAACAAUGUUGCCGCAGGAAUCUCAUCCCAGUAUGAUGCGCAAUGCCCCACCACCGCAAAUCAACCAGGCUCCAACUGGUGGUCCGUAUCAGCAACCCCCAAUCCAGUAUGUGAACAAUCAAGUGCCAUCUGGUGGCCAAUAUCCAAACUCUAGUCAGCAGUAUUCAUCGCAGCCAGCACCCUCCAGUGGCUAUAAUGUGAACCAGGGCCCGCCUGUUUCAGCCCCAACUCAACCGACACCAAAUACUCGGCCAUCUUACCCACCUCAGGGAGUCGUGCUGCCAAACCAACCACCUCUUGCGCAGUACCCCCAGCCACCAGUAUCGAGCCAAUUCUCGGGAGGGAACAGAUUAGAGCAGCCGCAAGGUGUACAGAGCUAUGGACAACAGGUUUCCCACAAUCAGAGGUUUGUACCACCUACCGCAUCAAUUCCACCUGAACAAGUCAAGCAGGUGACUCCGCCAAAUCAGUAUCAACAGGUGCAGCCUCAACCUGGAUACCAGGCCCAACACACAGGAUAUGGAAGUCAAGGCCAGCCUGUUCAAAAUCAACAGGUUCCUGUUCCUCCCCAAGCACAGGGUCAUGUAGGUCAACAACAGAACUACAUGGGUCAAGGACAGAUGCCAUCUACAAGCCUAGGUCAAAUACCUCAACAGCCAUAUCAAGUUCAAGGUCAGGUGCCUGGAAACCAAGGGCAACAGCAAUUUGGAGGUCAACAAGGUCAGAUAACAGCUAGGAGUCAAGGCCAGGUUCCCCAACAGCCAUAUCAGAGUCAAGGACAUAUGGCUGGAACUCAAGGUCAAAUUUCUACAAAUCAGAAUCAGAUUUCUGCUGGAUUUCAAAGUCGCACUAAUAUGACCCAGCCACAGGCCACAGGGGGCCAAGUUCCAUUCUGCCAAGGUCCGAUGUCUGUGGGAAAUCAGCCACAGAUGCCAGGUCAGAGUCACCAAAUGGGACAAAAUCAGCCGCAAGGCCAAGGAUGGACAGGGCAGCAGCCAAUGCAGCAAGGGCAGACUCAACAACCAGCGGUUCCCCAGGGAAAUAACCAACCCAUUCAAGCUCCUUACAUAUCAAGUCAAGGUCAAAUCUCCCAAGGACAACCAAUGGGUCCUGGUAGGCCUGCUGUGGGCAGUGUUGCACCUCAACAGAACGUGGGACAACAGAACAUGCAGUACCGACCUCAACAGCCUCCAGGCCAAUUGCCAAAUAUAAGUGGAGGUUAUCCUGGGUCCCAACAGCCUUCCAGACAACAGGUCCCAAACCAAAACCUUGUGCCAAAACCACCAGUGCAAGGACAAAGUCAAAUACCACCAGGACAAGGGCAAGGUCAAAUACCACCAGUUCGAGGGCAAGGUCAAAUACCACCAGUUCAAGUGCAAGGUCAAAUACCACCAGGUCAGGUUCAAGGUCAAAUGCCUGGCUAUCAACAGACAGGUCAAGGUCAAUAUCCUCCAAUGAAUCGCCCAAGCCAAACGAUGACGCCUCCGACACAGCAAGGUUACCCUCAAGGUCAAGUUCCCCAAAAUCAAGGUCAACAAGUACCUCAGGGUCAUUUUCAGGGUCAAACCCAGCAACCCCAAGGUCAUGGCUCGCCACAUCAUCAGGCGUCCCAGUACCAGCAGCCAACAUCGUUCCAGAGUCGAAACAUGAGCCCGCAGCUCUCGGCCCGACCCAACCAGGGCUACCCUCCCAAGGUCACACCAUUACAGAUUAAACCUGGUCAACAACAACCAAAACAACUGCCGAGUCCGCUGCCGAAUAAUCUGCAACAGCCGCUGAUGCCAACAGCAAGUGUCCCACAACAGAUUCAGUAUCCACAACAAAAUACGCCACCAGUAGUUCAACACAGUGGUGGACCACCUUUACCUCCUGUUGGUACAACGCUACCUCCCGGCGGGCCCGUGCUGCCCCCUGCUGGUUUGCCCGUUCAGCAGAAUAUGCAGCCACAGCCGCAGUUUCCGUUAUUGCGACAAAACUCGAGUUCCUCAACUGACGAUCUCCUGUCGUCGAGCCCGAGUCAUCCCGCACCGUCGACGAGUCUCGUUCUGACGCCGAAAGUUCUAACUGCCGAGGACAUCCAGCAGCAGAAGGAGGAGGAGUUGCGCAACACCAUACGGCAGAAACAUAACGACCCGUACGCCGACCGUGCUGUGCUGGAGAGCUUGAUUAGGGAGGUGGACAAGUUGGAGCGCAAGUUGGAGAAUCUGACUCGGCGGGAAGAUGACGGAGGGCUUGCCAUCUUAGAUAAAGAGUGGAAGGUUUUGGCUGAAGACCAAGAGAGAGAAUCAAAGAAACAAUCGAUGGCCAUAGCCAAGUGCUACCCGAUGAAGAACAGAUUCCAAGAUAUUUUACCAUAUGAUAAUUCACGUGUUGCCCUGACGAUGCAGAAAGACGAUUACAUCAACGCCAGCCAUAUUGAUAGUUUGGCCGCAUCCUGCCCCAAGUUCAUAGCGACCCAGGCCCCUCUGCCAAUGACCUACGCCGACUUCUGGCUGAUGGUGUAUGAGCAGGGAUCUGAAGUCGUGGUACUGCUUGUUAGAGAUGAAGAAACAAAUAAGCAAAAACCUCACGUGUAUUGGCCAACCGAGAAGGGACAGCGCAUAAGCCACGGACCGAUCGAGCUCACACUGCAGAGCCUGAAAGAGAGGGACUAUUGGCAAGAGAGACUGAUUACGUUAUCACAUCGCGAGACCAGGAAUAGUCGGACCCUCAUCCAUUUACAAUUUACGGCUUGGCCACUAAGUGGUAUUCCUGAGAAGGCGGAACCUCUCCUUCAGUUUAUCUCCGAGUGUCAUAGUUUCUACAAACAGCAGCGGAAUCUGAUGAAACCUGUCGUGGUGCAUUGUGGCUCUGGUGUGUGUCGGACAGGAAUCUUUUGUGUUGUUUACACGGCCGUUCAGGAGAUGAAUAUGGGCAACGGAAUCAUAAGUGUCGUGGAUACGAUUCGACGUCUGCGCCAGAAACGUAAAUAUAUGGUGGAGGAGAAGGACCAUCUCAAAUUUUGUUAUGAAGCAGUGCUGCAGUAUGCCAUGGAUCUGUUUGCAACUAGAGGAAUACCCAACAAAAGAACAACAAACGUUGCCAAGAAAUCAUCGGACACCAAAACAGUAUAUCACGCAAAUGAAGGCAUUCUUGGAGAUCUGAGUUCAUUUCGGGACAUCCAGUCAAGUGUCGAGAAAUUCCACAUCCGUGAUGUCAAACCGGACGAUCUUGGGACUGAGGGUCAAGGUCAUCUCGUACCUCUAGAUGCGACGGACAUAACGGCAAUGGCGUCAUCGAUGACAUCAUCGCAUUCCAGCGCCCACAACGGCGUGAAUUCAUUCGACGACUUAUUCGAUAUCCCCGACGAGCCAAGUGUUGGAAGUGGGGACGGUGGUGCCCCAGUGCCGGGCGCUGAAACUACCUCGUUAAAACCAGCUGAACGGAGUCGGUCCAAUUCGAACAGUUCGGCGCAGAGUCUCGGCUCUCUGGCAAAUUCGCCGGCGAAAAGUGUACAAAGUAUGCCGCCAUCUUUGGCCGAUUUACAAAAUCCCAACACGUUCACAUUGGAUACUUCAACGCCACCUAACAAGAAGAAAAUAACUAAAGCGAGUUUUUUCAACCCUUCGAGCGGUCUGCAGGAUAGCAUGAGUAGUGACAGUGGUGACCCAUUCAGUUCGUUAGACCCCUUAUGGACAAUUACCAAUACCAAGGAGCAAUCAGAUUCAAGCUAAUAUUAACUGCGAAGACCAAUACGGGCUUCAAUAUUAUUCACUGCGGCUGCUUAUAACUGUGUACAAGUGCGUCAUACGCAGACCCUGCUAUGCCAUCGGGAAGUACAUUCCGGUGGCCCAAUUCUUUGUUGUGCAGGGUGGACAAGUGGACAUUCUAAUGCCACCGGUGUAUACAUUGCAGCCAUUUGAAAAAAGUACCCAAUUCGCAUUGAAAUACCCGGCACAACAAAAGAAUAUGAUAAAUGGACUCUACUUCCGGGAGAGAUAGCCUGGUCAUUUGGACACUGUGCUACUGCUAUCGCUGUUGUCAAUUGCUAAGUACUAGCAUAAGACGACUGGAGAAACUGAGUGUCUGAUGCUAGUAAUGUUUUCGCUGUCAAUGUAAUUGUGCCUCGUUGCCAAAAUUUAUAUUGUGCUUAAUUAAACGAUUUUCACUUAACACCCAUGCUCUUGUAAAUGCUCACUUUAUUUAGUAUUUCUCACCUGCCAUUAACAAACUUAACCUCCUGAAUCGCGGUGACCGACCAGUCGGUCAUUUUGAAAUAACAUUUUUUGCCAACGACCGAUAGGUCGGUCUCAGUGGUAUUUUUAUUCCCUUGAGCUGGGACGCUAGUUUAUUGCUUGUUUUAGCAUGUUUGAUGUACAGUAGGGUCAGUUAGAGCAUGCCUGGGUAGAUGGCGCCUCGGUACCGGACUUUGGCGGUUGUAUGCGGGCGCUAUACAUCGUAAAGGUCAGACCCAAUUUCGCAACCACGUGACCACCCUGGGAUUCCGGGAUUUUCAAGUUUUGGGAUUCAAGAGGUUAAAGGAGGGGUGUCACAAAAAAAGUGCCCAGCAGUUAUGGGUUAAUAAAUUUGCUUUUGGCAGAACAGACAGAGCGAAAUGACACCACAGCAGGAAAACAGAAUCUAUUGGCAAAAUUUGGUGCUUUUUGUUUGAUAUUAGUUGUAGAAAUGUGUUGUGUGCGGCUUAAAACUUUGGAUUCGGACAAGCAAACUGCAAGUGGUGCACGUCUUCACAUUGUGCUGAUUGAUUCAGGGAUGCGACAUUUCCAAAUUUUUGGCGGAUUUCCUCCUGAAAGGGGUUUGAUUGGAAAAUAGAAAGGUCUACAUGUACAUGUAAUGCCUCAACUCACUGUAGAACUUUGAAGUUUUGAAAUCGGACAAAAUAUAUAAAUUUUCAGGGCAGAUCAAAAGGCCCAGUUAAAAGGAGAACAUUUUUCACCGAAAAAAUUGCAGCUUUGUUCUUAGCACUGUCACAUCCCUGUUGAAUCAUGAUUUAUUUCUCUAGAAGCUAAGGUCUUAAAAUUUUUCAUCAAAAGCAGGUGUAAUCGUUUAUAUUAUUAUGAUAUGUAUAUUGUACAAAAAAUAUAGAAUUACUCUUAAAUUAUAAUGUUGAAAUGUUAGUAGCGCUGAUAUCUGAAUACCUGGCAUUUCUUGCCCACAUUUGUUGCCUUGGGCAAAACUUCAGCUUUGGCAAAGUUACCUGUACAUGUACUGCAUGGAACCUUCACGUAUGCUACAUUGUAACCCUGUACAUGAACUACAUGUGACCCUGUACAUUUACUACAUGUAACCCUGUACAUGUGCUACAUGUGACCCUGUACAUUUACUACAUGUAACCUGGUACAAUACAUGUGCUACAUGUGCUACAUGUGACCCUGUACAUUUACUACAUGUAACCCUGUGCAUGGGCUACAUGUAAUCCUGUACAUGUACUAUAUGUAACCUAUACCAUGGGCACAGAUAGAAAGGGGGGGGGGCAAAUGCCAUCCUAGAAGUAUUAGUAGUUAUUACCAUAUACAUAUGUAGGUUCACAUGGGUGCCAAUCUAUUGUGUUAUGAAAGACUCUGACAGGCUUUUAAAUCCUACCAAAAAUUUGUGUUCACUUUGUGGGAGAGAAGCUGUGCUUCAGCUAUUAGAUUUGUCUCGGCAGGUGUAAAAUUGAUGCAUUGUGUCAUUGCAUGUGGGAAACGUGGCAAUUUCGCUAAGAAAGAAAUUAUUAGUUCUUCUUUAUCUCAACAGAGGGCAAGUGAGACGACUGGUCAUGCCCGCCAUUUUGGCAGUUAAUUCGAUUCAGUACCGUAUAAAGUCUUGAUUUAAUUGGCCAAGACAAUUAAUUAUCAUCACCCGAUGUCUGACUUCAUUGUUAUGAACUCAAUAUACAUGUAUUGGAAGUCGUCUUUCCUAUUCUCUGGGAGGUUCAAGUGUCUCGGGGAGUUCGCUGGUACACUGAUUGAGAUGGCUAAGACUUGUCUCAAUGAAAAUAUAGUAGAACCUCUCUAUUAAGGACACCCUCGGGACUGACAAGCGAGGUCAAAUUGAAUGGAAACAACCAAUUUGGGACCAAAAGUAGUGUUCUUUAUGGAGAGGUUGGCCUUAAUAGAGAAGUGUCCGCUAAGGGAGGUGCCACUGUACAGUAUGAUACAAUACAGGUUGUGCCAAUACACCAAAUUAAAGGAAAGACAGAUUCACAUCAAAAUGGUGGGUGUGACGUGACUUAUCAUGUAAUUUGCCCUCUGUUAAAACCAAUCUAAUUUCUUGCAAUUUGCUAUUCAUUGUUCAACCCGUCUGCUACAGUAUCUCUGUGUACAUAUUGUGACUAUCAUUUCACAAGCUCUAACAAAAUAAAGAAGCAAAUGGUUGUGA